AUGAAGGCAAAGAUAAACACAGUCUUGGAGAAGAAACUUGAAGAACUUGAGUCUCUACUUGAAGUAGUCACUUUCGAAGACGAUGAUCCCAAUCUUCGGAAACUACAACUCGGAGUUCUAUUUGCGAGUACCCUUUUGACGGCCGAGAUCUCUUCCCGACGGUUUGACGUGGAAGGAGAAGAAUGGCUCCAUUGCGUAGCAAAGAGGUUAACCGAAAUGGAGGCUUUUAUCAUCAAGAAAUGGCCUGGUCAUCAUGAUAGUGGUUUAAUGAUCGAACCGGAACUGGAAAGUUUGGAAUCUUACGCAGAGGGUGAAACCGGUUUGGAUUUGGUCGGAUCUUGUCUGAACGAGUCUAGUAAAGCAGAAGAAGAGGACGAGAAGGAGGAGGAGGAGAAGGAAGAAGAAGUAGAGGCUGAGACUGAGAAGUGUCCCUUGUUUCAAGAUGCAUCAUCGGAGGAGAUGAGUGAAGUUAAGUUUCCGGUGGUGGACACGGUGAAGGAAGAGGUGGUUGAUAGAGAAGUAAAAGGGUAUGGGCUGGUGUGUUCUAGGGCUUUGGUUUAUUUCGGUUUGAUUGGUUUAGUUGGUGGUAUAAUGAUGAGUUUAGUUGGUUAUAUUGGUGAUAGCAUGAAGGAUGAUGUUUUUUUUCUUACCCCUACUUAAAUUAGAUGA